UCCAUUUUCUCAUCUCUGGUGAACUAAAUAAGUAUAAAAAAGACAAAGAGAAAAAAUUAGAGAAAGAAACUUUUGGUUUUGGUUUUGGUUGAUUAUACAUCUAAUCAACCUCAGUAGCACGCGAUACUCUCUCAAUACUUUCUUUCCAUUAUUCUGUACACUGUGUUAGGGGCAUUGGAGCUUAUGUUCGGCAGCAUUUAAAUAUAAAUAAGACAGUGAGAGGGACACACAAACUCAUGUUGUACCAUGUGCCAGCUUUAUCCCCCCUUCGUCACUUUACUCCUCCUACUUCUUGCCCUUCAAUAAACAGAGGCCGAGGUGGGGAAAGCAGGAAUGGUGAUGAUGUUACUCCAUCCCCUCUGUGUCAUCAUCCUCUUAUAUCACAUAGCCCCCGUUUUCCCCCUCCCCAACUCACCACCUCCCCACCACCACCAAAAUGUGAGUGUCUAUGACUCUGAAGCCAUUGUUCGCUCGGUCCAAAUGAAAGUGGAGGAAUCGGUGAGGAGGCGGCGAAUGCUGGGCUCCGGCGGCGGGUCCUGUAUGACGGGGAACCCAAUCGACGACUGCUGGCGGUGCGACCCGAACUGGGGCAGGAACCGGCAGCGACUGGCGGACUGCGCGAUUGGAUUCGGGAAGGACGCGCUGGGGGGAAGGAAUGGGCGGAUCUACGUGGUGACGGACCCGUCGGACAGAGACCCGGUGAACCCGGCGCCGGGGACGCUGCGUUACGGCGUCAUCCAGACGGAGCCGCUGUGGAUCGUGUUCGCACGGGACAUGGUGAUCAGGCUGAACGAGGAGCUGAUAAUGAACAGCUUCAAGACGAUCGACGGGCGGGGGGCGAACGUGCACAUCGCCGGCGGGGCCUGCAUCACUAUCCAGUACGUGUCCAACAUCAUCAUCCACGGGGUGCACAUCCACGACUGCGUCCCGGCCGGCAACGCCAACGUCAGGUCGACGCCGAACCACUACGGGUACAGGAGCAAGUCGGACGGCGAUGGGGUGUCGAUAUUCGCAGGGAAGAACAUAUGGGUAGACCACUGCACGCUGUCCAACUGCGCUGACGGCCUGAUCGACGCCAUCAUGGGGUCGACGGCGAUCACCAUCUCCAACAACUACUUCUCCCACCACGACGAGGUGAUGCUGCUGGGCCACAGCGACUCCUACACCCCGGACACUUCGAUGCAGGUCACCAUCGCCUUCAACCGCUUCGGCGAGGCUCUGGUCCAGCGCAUGCCCCGCUGCCGCCUCGGCUACUUCCACAUCGUUAACAACGACUUCACCGAGUGGCAGAUGUACGCCAUCGGCGGCAGCGCCAAUCCCACCAUCAACAGCCAGGGAAACCGCUACAUCGCCCCCACCGACCCCAACGCCCGAGAGGUGACGAAGAGGGUGGACACGGACGAGAAGGACUGGGCGCGGUGGAAUUGGAGGACGGAGGGCGACCAGAUGGUCAACGGCGCCUUCUUCGUGCCGUCGGGAGACGGGCUGAGCGCCACCUACGAGAAGGCAUCCAGCGUCGAGCCCAAGUCCGCCGGCCUCAUCGACCAGCUCACCCAGAACGCCGGCGCUAUCGGCUCCACUCCCAGGAGCAACGGCGGCGUGAGCAUGCUGUACCCGGGAGGGGGGACCGGCGGCGAUGCCGGUGUCGACGGUGGGUACGGCGGUGGGUUUGGUGGGUACAUGGGUAUGACUUUCAGGGGCGGUGCGGUUCGCUCAUCGCCGUCGAAUUGCUGGUGGGCGGUGGCCGUCGUUCUUGUCUUGCUCGAAUUAUUAUUGCCAUCCUCCGUCCUGUAUUAUUAGCUGAUGGUGUAUGAGAUGAGAUGAGAUCACAAGCGCGUGAAAGGAUUUGGUGUUUGGAGUUUCGAGAUCUCUAUUACUCGGACGGAGGUUGGGGCCUUGUUUUUUUUCUUGAAGAAGCUCCUUCCAUUGGUCGAAGUGUCCGAAUCUCAUCAGAUCUGAUCUCCUUCUUCCUCUCUCUCAAACUCUAUGCGUCCCUUCAUUUUCGGGGGUGGUGCCAUUGGAAUUUGUCACGAUGUAGGCAAUGGUUAGAGUGGGGAAAUUUUCCGUUGUUAUGUAUACUGAGAGUCUAUUUCUUUCGCAUACAGAAAAAUGUCUCUCCUGUAAUAUCUGUCAGAUGCAAAAUGAAAAGCCUUAUAUUCCUAGAUAUGGUAGAUUUUAGCUUUAUGAAAGAUUUUGGCGUUCUGUGUA